UUGACUUGGAAGGUAGCAUGGAAAGAAAGCACGAAGCAAAUUCUCUAGUCAAUGGAAAAGGAAAUGGUGCCAUGAAACAUGCCUCAAAUUCUCAUAUAGAUAUAGUGAUGCCAAAACCAAUGCAACAGUUUGCGCAGAGAGCAUAAUGGGUCCUCCUCCUCAACACAACCUAACCGGAGUAGUCUCACAACAUGCGGUACCCCUCCAAGAACACCACCGCCAUGCCCUUCACAUGGCCAUGGUGGUCAUGGCGUGCAUGGUAGGCCUCGUCAUGAUCCUCUGCACCGCCUCCCUUCUCAUAAGGUUAUUCACCUCUCGGAGUUGGAGAUAUAGCAGCAACCGCAACCGCAACAGAAGAGACGCAGAUGCCCCAAUACUCUUCGACGUUAACGGAGAUUCCAACGCUUCGGAUAACGACCAUGAAGAUUUAACGGUAGUCCACCCCAUAUGGUACAUCCGCACCGUGGGCCUCCAACAAUCGCUCAUAGAUUCCAUCACCGUCUUCAGAUACCGGAAAGAAGACGGAAUAAUAGACGCCACCGACUGUUCCGUUUGCCUCGGGGAAUUCCAACACGACCAGAGUCUUAGGUUGUUGCCCAAGUGCAGCCACGCCUUCCACAUCCCUUGCAUUGACACGUGGCUCACCUCACACAAAAACUGUCCCCUCUGCCGUGCACCCGUGCUCCAUCAUCAAACGGAUACAAGCGUUUCUGUUUCGGGUGAUCAAGAGCUCCACGUGGAGAAUUCUGAUGAGGAGAGCAGUGAAGUGAGGGUUCAGCAUGGACAUGGUCCUCGUGUGGAUGUAUCUUCUACUGGUAAAGAUUUGCUCUUGUUGUUGCCAAAUUGUUCGGGUUUAGAAGAGGCAACGCAGCCUCUGAGGAGGACUGUUUCCGUGGAUUCUUCUUCAGUGCUGUUGUUGGGUGACGUGGCGGUCCAUUUAGAUGGUGGAAAAGCGAGUGUUGGCAAGCGUGGUAGUGAGACUUCGACUUCUUCGGCGCUUAACAAGGUGGCUUCAACUGGACUUGCGUUGCACAAGAGGACCAUGUCAAUGAGAAGGUCCUUUUCGCAUAACAGCAAAUUUUUGUUCUCCACACACUCUAGGAGCCAGAGUUCAACUCUUCCUUUGUAAAGGACACUCAGGCUCUACCCACUACCUAAAGCAACAAACCACAUGCUAUGUCUUGAAAAACAAAUCAAACGUACACUUAGCCCAAAUUUAAGGAUGAAGGGGUGUUAUCCAAGGUAGUCAUGCUAUUUUCUCCUCCACAUAUGUCUAUGUUUGGAUUUCAGUAUAAUUUAACCCUAGAACAAAUUUAUAAAGUGAGAGUUGUAUGAAAUUAUAUACUUUAUAUUUGAUUCACGUGGAACUUGGGUUUUUCAUCUACAUACAACCUAUCCUUCAGAUUAUACCAUUAUGCUUAUUGCUAGCAGACGUAUAGGGAUACAAUGAUAGGAAAAGUUUGAGGAAUUGGACCACCCUGUCUUUUGUCUGUUUCAACAUGUGCUUGUUGAGUGCCUGCUAUGAAUAGUUGCUCUCUGCCUCUCUUUUAUUAUUCUA